CUAAAGUCUUCUUGAGCUGGGACCCGAAGUCUUGGCAUUUCUCGAACUCUCGGAACGGUAACAUCAUACGCUUGCCUCCGUCCAAACUUCGCUCAUCUCUCUACAAACACCAACAGCAUCGUCGUUUCUCUAUCUACACAGCCCCAAGCUCAGUGUUGCUGUUCAAAAUGUUGUCUCUUCGCGCAUUCUCCCGCUCUGUGCCUCGCACUUUCUCUCGAUCCGUUGCUCUCUCCUCCAGAUCAGCCGUCCGACCGCUGUCUACGAUCCAGAAGCCGAGCUUUCUCCAGUCGUCAUGGAAGCAGCUUGCUAGACCUUCCUACCCGGCCUUCUCCACGGCCAGGAUACUCAGAGAGCCUGCUGGCGAAGGUGAUGUCGAGCUCGUCGCCAAGUUCGAGGAGGAGCUGCAGCACGAGAAGGCCUCUGGCCUCGAAGACCUUGAUGCCUCCGUCCAGAACGUCAAAUAUCUGCUUGAGAACGGCCCUUGGGAGGUCAAGGAUGUUCCCGGAGAGCAGGAGGUGAUUUUGACGAGAAAGUUCGGUAACGAAGAUAUCCGUGUCACUUUCACCGUUGCGGACCUUCAGAACCUGAGUGAGCAGGAGGACUUCGACGAUGCCGCUCUCUCCGAUGAGCUGGAUUACCAGCACCAGCCAGUCAACCAGAGCCGUCCUUCUGGUAACGUCCCUUCGCACACUGAGGACCGCGUGGCUCCCGCCGACCGCGAGCUGGAUGACGACCUGGACCGUGACCUGGAGCCCAGCUUCCCUGCCCGUGUCAACGUGACUGUUGAGAAGCCCGGAUCCGGUGCUCUGUUGAUCCAGACUAUUGCUCAGGAUGGUGUUUUCCAAGUCGAGGAGGUCUCCUACUUCAACAAGUCCGACCUGGCCCAUGCCCAGACCGCCGAGAAGGACUGGGCUAGACAGAGCCUGUAUGCCGGUCCUCCUUUCGAGAACCUCGAUGAGGACCUGCAGAGCUACAUUGAGCGAUACCUCGAGGAAAGAGGCAUCAACGCUGAGCUCGCCAACGUCAUUCCUGACUAUAUCCAGGUCAAGGAACAGAAGGAAUAUGUCCGCUGGCUCGAGAACGUCCGCAACUUCAUCGCCGCUUAGAUGACUUUAAUCACGUCCCGCGAAUGAGAACAGUUCCAUUGGCCGAUUCGUCCAUGUCGUUUCCUACCUCCUUGUAACCUCCAUUCGGGACCUACACACGUUGUAUGGUGCUAUAAUGGAAUAUGAUGAAACUCAAUGGCGGAUACUGUCCUUGUGACAGUUAUCCACGGUAUGUAAUAUAGAUCCGAAACAUAUCAGUCGAAAUUAUUCGAAUAAUGCAAUCUCUCCAUCUCAUUUACUCCGUCAGCAGCAUGUAGCAGUAGGAAUUGGCCGUUAGAAUGUGUCUCUAGAGUAAUAGAGGCCCUAUACUCAAUACACGCCGACUGGCUGUCUAUUUCCAGCAAUAUGCAUCGGCGAAGAGGCGUAUGAGCGAG